GUUUUAGAUUCUAAUCAAUGUUCACUAGGUAUAUUAUUUAGAGGAGUUAAAUACUGAAAUUCUUCAACUUGUGAAUACAUUUUAACAUUUUUUUUUCUCUUCUUAGUUUUCAUGAAAUUUCAUGGCUACUUCAUCUCCUAAACUCUUCCUACUCCUCCUCUUAGCAAUCUCCUGCUACUCCUCCAAUGCAUCCACAAAAACAUUUCAUGCAAAUCUCUCUUCCUUAAAAUCUUUGUGCAAAACUACUCCAUACCCUGAUGCUUGCUUCAAUUCAUCCAAGCUUUCCAUCUCCAUAAACAUCAAUCCAAACAUCCUCAACACCCUUCUUCAGUCCCUCCAAGCAGCAAUAUCAGAAACCACAAAGCUAUCUGAACUUUUCAACAAUGCAGGAGAACACUCAGACAUCAAAGAGAACAAAAGAGGAACAAUCCAAGACUGCAGGGAACUCCAUCAAUCCACCUUGGCUUCCUUAAAAAAAUCAUUAUCUGGGAUCCAUUCCAAGAACUCAAGGAAGCUAAUUGAUUCAAGAACCUACCUCAGUGCAGCACUCACCAACAAGAACACAUGUCUAGAAAGUUUGGACUCUGCUUCUGGUACCCUGAAGCCAGUGCUUGUGAAUUCUGUGAUCAACACUUAUAAACAUGUCAGUAACUCUCUUUCAAUGAUUCCUAAGCCUGAGAAAAGUGCUCCAACAUCAACAUGGUUUCCAACCAAAAAAGACCUUGAAAUCAGUGAUGAAGUGCCUAUGCUGGUUGUGGCUGCAGAUGGAACAGGGAACUUUAGCACCAUAAGUGAAGCCAUUGAUUUUGCUCCAAAUAACAGCUUUUAUAGGACAAUAAUCUAUGUGAAAGAAGGGGUGUAUGAGGAAAAUGUGGAGAUCCCUACUUAUAAGACCAAUAUUGUUCUGCUUGGUGAUGGAAGGGAUGUCACUGCCAUUACUGGCAAUAGAAGUGUUGUUGAUGGCUGGACCACUUUCAGAUCUGCAACUUUAGCUGUCUCAGGGGAGGGAUUUCUAGCACGUGACAUAGCUUUUGAGAACACGGCAGGGCCAGAGAAGCAUCAAGCAGUUGCACUGAGAGUGAAUGCAGACUUAACUGCUUUCUACAGAUGCACCAUGCUUGGUUACCAAGACACUCUUUAUGUUCACUCCUUCAGGCAAUUCUAUAGAGAGUGUGACAUUUUUGGGACCAUAGAUUUCAUAUUUGGCAAUGCAGCAGUGGUGUUACAAGCAUGUAACAUUGUGUCUAGAAUGCCACUACCUGGCCAAUUCACUGUCAUUACAGCACAAUCAAGAGAUUCCCUUGAUGAGGACACAGGAAUCUCAAUCCAAAACUGCUCAAUUUUAGCUACGGAUGAUUUGUUUUCAAACUCUAGGAGCUUCAAGAGCUACCUAGGGAGACCAUGGAGGGUGUAUUCUCGUACUGUGUUUCUUGAGUCUUACAUUGAUGAGUUCAUUGACCCUACAGGGUGGACUAAGUGGUCUGAUUCUGAUGAUGAAGAAUUGGACUCUUUGUACUAUGGAGAGUAUGAGAAUUAUGGGCCUGGGGCAGGGACUGAGAACAGAGUGAAUUGGGCUGGGUACCAUUUAAUGGAUUACAAUGAUGCCUAUAACUUCACUGUUUCAGAGUUCAUUAUUGGGGAUGAGUGGCUUGGUUCUACUUCCUUCCCUUAUGAUGAAGGGAUUUGAUUAAAAAAGAGACAAAGUGAAUAGAUUUAACUUGUUCCUCUCAGUCCUCCUUAACAAUGUAAAAUUAACAACAAAAAUUGCAUGGCUGAUUUUAAUGUUUUAGUUGAGGUCCCUAUUAGUCA